CAGUUUUUCAUUCCAUCUUCUUCUUCUCGGGAAUCCUUGAUUUUUAACAUUUGGUAUCAAAGCCUAUUCCUGGAAAAUUCCAUGGCUUCCAACAAUUAUGUCCAUCCUUCAAUCCCUCAUUUUGAUGGUCAUCACUACGACCAUUGGAGUAUGUUGAUAGAGAAUUUUCUCCGAUCCAAAAAGUAUUGGACUGUUGUUGAAGCUGGAGUUCUAGAACCAAUGGCAGGUGCAAAUGAUGCACAGAGGGCAAAAAUUGAGAAGGAAAAGUUGAAGGAUCUUAGAGCUAAGAACUAUUUGUUCCAAGCCAUAGAUUGGGCUAUCUUGGAAACAAUUCUUAACAAGUCCACUUCCAAGAAUAUUUGGGAUUCCAUGAAGAAGAAACCAAGAUCUGACAGAUUGGAGGAAAGUUCAGCCAUUGGAAUUCAGAAGAGGUGGCAGAACAGAAAUUAUCAAGUUGCAGAUAACAGAUCCAAAUCUGCAGGAAAGGCAAAUAUUGAAUGCUCCAGAUGUCAUAAGUAUGGUCAUUAUCGUUAUGAGUGCCGUGCUAAUCUGAAUAGAGGAGAAAGUUUCAGUUUCGUAGAACAUAAUGAGAAGAAUGACGAUUCCUCUCUAUUCAUGCAGAAGAAGAUGGUAAAUGGUCUUCCUCAUUUUGAUUCUCCUUCAGAAAUUUGUGAAAUCUACAUGACCAAGUCAAAAGCCUUAGUAGCCUUUAAAAAUUUCAAAGUCUUGGCUGAGAAUGAGGUUGGCAGAUCUGUAAAGGUUCUGCGUACAGAUCAUGGUGGUGAGUUUAAUUUAAAGGAAUCUGUAGAUUUUUGUGAGUCCAAUGGCAUUAAAAGGCAACUCACAACAGCAUAUACACCUCAACAGAAUGGUGUAUGUGAGAGGAGGAAUCGUACAAUCAUGAGUAUGGUGCAAAGUUUGAUGUCAAAGAACAGCUUGCCUAAGGAGUUUUGGCCAAAAGCUGUUAAUUGGAGUGUUGAUAUCUUGAACAGAAGUCCCACAUCUCCACUUCCAGAUUUGAUGCCAGAAGAGGCUUGGAGUGGACGUAGGCCUGCUAUUGAUUACUUUAGAAUUUUUGGGUGCAGAGAAUAUGCACAUGUGCCAGAUCAGAAAAUGAGUAAACUUGAUGACAAAGGGGAAAAGUGUAUUUUCCUUGGUGUUAGUGAUCAGUCCAAAGCUUACAGAUUAUACAGUCCUUUAACCAAGAAGGUCAUCAUUACCCGUGAUGUAGUGUUUGAUGAAGUAAGCACCUGGUCUUGGACAGAAAAGUCUAGGCAACAGAUUCCUACAGAUUUUGAAAAUGGAGAAUAUCUAACUGUGCAGAACUCAGAAGUUGCAAGGAUGGAUACCAUCAGAUUGAUGAUUGCAUUGGCAGCACAGAACUCAUGGCCGAUCUACCAACUUGAUGUGAAAUCUGCCUUCUUGCAUGGAAAUCCGCAAGAACAAGUAUUUAUUGAUCAACCUCUUGGUUAUGUGAAAUUUGGUUCUAAGCAUAAGGUUUUCAAAAGUGCCCUUAUGAGCAGACACUUUACAUCAAAUUUGGAGAUGAAGAAAGUUCUGGACAGAUUUCAAAUGAAGAACUGCAAUUCUGUCACUACACCAAUUCACAAAGGUGUAAAGCUCAUGAAAGAUCCAGGAGGCAGAUCUGUGGACAACAAACUGUAUAAGCAAAUUGUUGGAAGUCUGAUGUAUCUGAUAGCAACAAGACUAGAUGUAAUGCAUGGUGUAAGUCUGAUUAGCAGAUAUAUGGAGCAUCCAAAGGAGUUGCACUUGCAAACUGCUAAAAGAAUUCUCAGGUAUUUAUGUGGAACUAUAGAUUUUGGACUAUUCUACAAGAAGGGUGACCAGAUAGAUCUCGCAGGCUUGAUAGACAAUGAUUAUUCUGGAGAUCUAGAUGACAAGAAAAGCACUUCUUGGUUUGUUUUUAUGUUGGGAUCUGGUGCAAUUUCUUGGUCUUCAAAGAAGCAGCCCAUUGUGACUUUGUCCACAACAGAAGCGGAGUAUGUGGCAACAACUUCUUGUUCUUGUCAAGUUAUUUGGUUGAGAAGAAUUAUGGAAGAACUUGAGCUGAAUCAACAUGAGGCCACUUCAAUUUAUUGUGAUAAUAGUUUAGCCAUCAAGCUUUCUAGAAAUCCAAUUCUGCAUGGGAGAAGCAAGCGUAUACAUGUGAGGUAUACUUUCUUGCACAACUUGGUAGAAGAUGGAACAAUUGAGUUGAUUUAUCGCAGAAUAGAAGAUCAAGUGGUUGAUAUAUUCACAAAACCCCUCAAAGUAGCAACUUUUUUAAAACUGAGAGAGUUACUUGGUGUUUGCAGCAUGUAGAAUUCAAUUUGAGGGGGGGUCUACAGAUUCUAGAUUGCAGAUCUGCAAAUAUGGUGACAUCCAAAUUUCUUUAAACUAAAGUUUGAAGACUUUC